CGGUGCCGAGCCGGGCCGGUUCCUCCCGCCUCCUGGCCCGCCGCUCCCUCCCUCCCUUCCCCGAGUUUCAGGUGAGCGGGUCGGUGACGGAGGCGGCGGGCCCGCACCACGCCCUCUCGCAGGCGUCCAGCCCUCCCCGCCUUUCUCCUGCGCGAGCUGGACGCGGCGGGACUCGGGCGAGCGCCGAGAAGCCGGAGCGACGCGUGCAGCAGAUUGGCUUAUCUGGGGAGCUGUGGGGUGCAUUGCUCAUCCUGAAGAUCAAGUGACCACUGACAUCAGCCAUGUCGUCCAGGCCUUUUGAAAGCCCGCCUCCUUACAGACCUGACGAGUUCAAACCCAAUCACUAUGCACCCAGCAAUGACAUCUACGGCGGGGAGAUGCACGUUCGACCCAUGCUCUCUCAGCCGGCCUAUUCGUUCUACCCAGAAGAUGAAAUCCUGCACUUUUACAAGUGGACUUCUCCCCCGGGCGUCAUCCGCAUCCUGUGCAUGCUCAUCAUCGUCAUGUGCAUCGCUAUAUUCGCCUGUGUGGCCUCCACGCUGGCCUGGGACCGAGGCUAUGGAGCCGGCUUGCUGGGAGGAGGGCUCGGCUACCCGUACGGGAGUGGCUUUGGCAGCUACGGAAGUGGCUUCGGCUAUGGCUAUGGCUACGGCUACGGCGCCUACACAGACCCCAGAGCAGCCAAGGGCUUCCUGCUGGCCAUGGCUGCCUUUUGCUUCAUGGCUGCCCUGGUGAUAUUCGUCACCAGUGUUAUCAGAUCUGAAAUGUCCAGGACCAGAAAAUACUAUUUGAUGGUGAUCAUAGUGAGCGCCAUCCUGGGCAUCAUGGUGUUCAUUGCCACGAUUGUCUACAUCAUGGGUGUCAACCCCACUGCCCAGGCUUCGGGCUCUAUGUACACUUCGCCCAUCUACACCCUCUGCCAGCAGUUUUACGCGUCGACGGGCACCGGCCUCUACGUGGAUCAGUACCUGUAUCACUACUGUGUGGUGGACGCCCAGGAGGCCAUUGCCAUCGUACUCGGGUUCAUGGUUAUUGUGGCUUUUGCUUUGAUCAUUUUCUUUGCUGUGAAAACUCGAAGAAAGAUGGACCGGUAUGACAAGUCAAAUAUUUUGUGGGACAAGGAACAUUUUUAUGAUGAGCAGCCCCCUAAUGUCGAAGAGUGGGUUAAAAACGUGUCUGCGGGCACCCAGGACAUGCCUCCCCCGCCAUCUGACUACGUGGAGACUGUGGACGGUCCCAUGACCUAUUCUGUCAACGGGAAGGUGAACGAGAAGCCGUCCUACCCAGACUACUCCUACAAGUCGACCCCGAUGCCCGAAGUGGUGCAGGAGCUGCCUCUGACCUCCGCGGUGGAUACCUUCCGGCAGCCGCGCUACAGCAGCAGUGGGAACCUGGAGACACUCCCCAGGAAAACGCCCACCAAGGGGGGACGAGCCGGCAAGUCCCGGAGGACCGAGCCCGAUUACUAUGAAACGGAUUACACAACGGGAGGGGAGUCCUGCGAUGAGCUGGAGGAGGACUGGGUCAGGGAGUACCCGCCUGUGACUUCAGAUCAGCAGAGACAGCAGUACAAGAGAAGUUUUGACACAGGUCUGCAGGAAUACAAGAGCUUACAAGCAGAACUUGACGAGGUCAAUAAAGAACUCUCUCGUCUGGAUAAAGAAUUGGAUGACUACCAAGAAGAAAGUGAAGAAUACAUGGCUGCAGCAGAUGAAUAUAACAGACUGAAGCAAGUGAAGGGGUCUGCAGAUUACAAAAGUAAGAGGAAUUAUUGCAAGCAGCUGAAGAGCAAAUUGUCACACAUCAAGAAGAUGGUUGGAGAUUAUGAUAGACGGAAAAUUUAGAAGGCAGGUGCCACAUUGAGCUUUAGAUGUAUCUGACUAUCUGCAGUGUUGACACAAGGCAAAAGACUUUGGACUCUAACCAGACACGCCAAACCUUUGUACUCAUUACAAAGUUUGGGUAGCUUUAAUAUCAGUAUUGAAGCAUUUUAUAAAUAGCUUUUGUUAAUCCCCCGGGUUGAACACUCCAGUUGAGGAAAUUUGUGCUUUCUGCUGGUUCUUGCAUUCAGCACUGUUGCUGGAGACUUUGUGGAAGUCUCUGGAAGCCUUUUUGGAAGGUCCUGGAACGAGCCAUGCUGUAUCAUUCGCACUGCAGGCGGGCAUGUCUUAAUCCUGAAGUGUGUUCGUUACUUUCCUCACUGAUCUCAUUAGUCCUCCCAGAGUCCUUCCUUCAGUCCCUGUCAUUUACCGUCAUUCCUGUUCCAGGGAAUGGGGUUCCUGCAGUGUAAUCACCGGUGUGGGCGAAUUGUUUCCUAACCGGGAUUUUGGUUGUGUAUUUUAUGACUGUAUUAUAACACAGUCUGAGUCUUUCUUUUUUAGCUACUGUGGAUAUUCUACCAAUCUUCCUGAUGAUUACUGUAUGUAAAAAGUUAAAAGAGCUUUUUAUUAUUUUUAUCUUGUCCUGGUAAUAAAGAUCAUGUAAAAGUAACAAAUGUAAGAGUUUUAAAGAUUGAGUUUUUUAAGCAAAUAUGUAUGUACAAAGUUUAAAGCUUCUGUCUAGAAUGUUGUUGUGUACUGUAUUUUUAAAUACUUUUUAUCUUUCAUGGUUUACAUGUGUUUUUUUUUAACCAAUUAAGCUUUUUAUUGUAUCAGAAUACCUUCUUACAGUAUAAUUCAUUUGUGACAUGCAUUAUAUCUUACAGAAAUGUUCAAAUUCUGUACAUAUUUCAUAAGGUAUUAAACCUGGUAUUUUCUUCCUAUAAUAUAUCUGUUUUGUAUUAUUAGUGAUGUUAAUAUUAAGCUGUGUAAUGCUAUACAAAGUUGUUAUUAUCUGUUUUGUUUUAAACUACUUUGUUUGCUGUGCUGGUUGGUAGUUUCCCAUUCCUUUGGUUAUAAGAAGAUUGAUUUGUCUAGAAGGAAAAUGCAAAACCAUGAAACAAGAAGAAAUUUCAAAUGGUGCCCUAAAAUUUUGGCAGUUUUUAAAAAUUCAGAGUAAAACUAGCUGAUAGUACUGUGCAUAUUGACUGAUUACCACCGCUCCAUUAAAAACUUUGUUUUCCUGAAAAUUUUUCAAUGACCAAUCAAAAUUUUAAUUUUAAUCAUCACCAUGCAAUUUAGACCUUUAAGUGUGUAGUUUUUAAUAUACAUGUCUGAAUCGUUAUCCAAAAAGAAAUUUUCAUGUUUCUGUUAUAACAUUAUGCAUUUCUUCAAAUUGAAGACAUUCUUAAUUUUCUAUAUGUGUACUUACUACAAAAGAUCAGCCUUUCAUGCCUUUUGUACUCACAAUAGAUGGUAAGAACUCGAGUAGCUUAAUUGUGUUUUGCGCAUGUUAAAAGUGUAAAGUUUUGGGAUUUGGAAGCCGCUGUGUUUAGUGUAUGUAUGAAGGCAAUUCAGCUGACGGAGGAAAAUCAAGAAGCCUGAGUUUGCAUUGUAUAAUUUUGCAUUAAAUUGGAUUUUGAAAUUAAAAAAACACACA